GCCCUUCAAGGUUAUAGGAUCAAUCGGUGACAAUACAUUUAAUGCAACUUCCCUUCAGGGAAGCGAGGUAACUUGCAUUUAGUAACCAUAGUCGAGUCAAUUCGCAACGAUUCUCUAGACGAAUAUCAUAACUUCUUAAAAACGCGGGUAUGGUAGUAUUUCUAAAGAAUUAUAACUGGAUCAAGCAAAUUAUAAACGGAGUAUUUCAGCAACAGGUGCGCAAACAUUGAUUGUGCAUCCUUCCCGCUAAGGAUUGUAUGGCGGUAAUUGUCGAACAACACUUCAGUUCCCCCCCGAAACUCACUUCCUAAGUAGGCUACAACUAUUUUGAUGGUCUCUUCGUCUUUGUUUUUAAUAUCAAAACCAUGAGGAUCCUCUUCAGAAACCUACGCCUCAGUAGAUGGUCCAUUGUCAUUGGGACUGCAUUGGUGUCAUUGAUUGGUGUCAUCUUUAUGACGAUGGACGUCAAUGUCUCACUAACAUAUAGGGGAGAGCUCAGAGUGUGGCGUAAGAACCACACAGAUUGGCAUUGGAACACCUCUGCCUCCACCACACCACCGCUGUCACAGCCCACUGUGGAUGUUUUCAAGUGUUCCCUCAAUGACAGCAUGCAGAAUAUUCCGUCCUCUGUCCCACCUCCCCACCGUAACUUCCUCAUGUAUAAACACUGCAGGACAUUCCCCCGCCUGCUGUCUCCAACACCCUGUGAGAAUGACCUUUUUCUCCUGCUGGCCAUUAAGUCCACAGCCAUCCAGGUGGAUCGCAGGAUUGCGCUCCGGAGCACUUGGGGGAAGAGGGGAUAUGUUCAGGGUAAAAGGGUGAAACUGUUGUUCUUGGUAGGUAAGUCGUUAGACAGAAUACAGGGAUUCCUGCUGCAGCAGCUACUGGAGUGGGAGAGCAGGCAGUUUGGGGACAUCCUGCAGUGGGAUUUUGAGGACAGUUUUUUCAACCUGACCCUGAAGGAGGUCCACUUCCUGAACUGGUUCACCUGUGAGUGCCAGUGGGCCCACUUUGUGUUCAAAGGGGACGAUGACGUUUUUGUUCACACCAGCAAUCUGGUUGAAUAUGUUAAAGGCCACAAGCCGUCUGAGCAACUCUUCGCUGGUGACAUAAUUUCAAGAGCCUAUCCAAUCCGGCAGAACCAAUGGAAGUACUUCAUACCAGAGGAGAUGUACCCCAACAAGCCAUAUCCUCCAUACGCUGGCGGUGGGGGCUACCUGAUGUCACGUCAGACUGUGCUGAGCCUGGGAGUGGCAGUGUCCAGCACUGACCUCUUCCCCAUUGAUGAUGUCUUUGUGGGCAUGUGCCUGCAGAAGAUUAAUGUCACGCUGACACACCACUCUGGCUUCAGGACCUUUGGGUUCCAUCAGGUGGUGUCACAUUUCAACCCCUGCAUUUACAGGGAGAUCAUGCUGGUGCACAAACUGAAUCCCACCGAGAUGUGGACCAUGUGGUCUCUACUGCAGGACACAAAGCUGAAGUGCUUUAGAUUAAGGAUAUGAGGCAUCAGGUGUUGUGUGUAUCUUUCUGUACUUGUCUGUCUCACUACUGUAAAAGAAGCAUUCCUUUCAUAGAGAAAUUAUCCUUUUAUAAGUUGUCAAAAAUAGCUUCCUUUCCUUCAUCCAUAUUAAUAUUUGAAGUAUUCUGACAUAUUGGCUUUACUGUGUAUUCAGUUCAGCAAAGAUGGUGUACGAGCCCUACUGAGAUUUGACACUUAUGACAAGGAAGUUUCUAGAAUGUUUCUUGGGUUCUAGGAAGGUCGAACAGAAACUUUAAAAACAGGUCUAGUGAGUUACAGAGGUACUGAUGGGUAACAAACUUAACAGGUCUAGUGUGCUGUGGGGGGAGGGGAGCUGUGGUGUAGAAUUAUUAGAAACAAUAAAUUGUUUGAGGGAGCAGUGUUUAAAACUUGUCUACUAUAGCUGAAAUCUGUGGAUUGUAAAUGUAUAUUUAAAUGUGAUGUCAUAAUGCUUUCUGAAACAUGUGGUCAUUUCCAGGGUUUUGUCAGCUUCUGUUCAGAUGAACUUUAUUGCAUAGCAGAGCCAGUACUUUCUUAUGAGGAAGUAGAUUGUGUAAAGAAAAUAUAAGAGAACAAAAUUAAAAGAAAUACUGUAAUAUGAAA